UUACAGAAAACGCAGCACCGGUUCAGCUUCUAAGUGAGGAGCAAGUUGAGGGACUGACAGGCAGGGCGCUGAGUGUGGAGUGAUGAAAAUGAGCUCUCCAGCUGUGUUUUUAAUAUAAUGUUAGACUGAGCUAAUAAUUUGAAGCUUGGCCUAGAAGACGUGACGUUAUUCUGUCCCCCUAAUGUUUUGGGUUUUGUUUGGUUUCUGUUGUCGUUCGGAGAAUAGUAAGCGGCGUCAUUUAAUGUAAUUGUGCUGACUGUUGUGUUGAAGUGUUUAACGUUAGCCAACUAACCGGUCCAAUUAAUCGUCGCCAUGAUCCCCGAAUGCCCGCGUGCCGGGGACUCGAGAAGCAGAAGCCGCCUUCAUCACAACCACGCAGCUGGACCGAGCCAGAGCCGUAGUGUCAGCGGCUUGUUGUCCGAAAUCCAAACCGCCAUCCACAACGAACCUUUCGCCGACCACUACACUGUUAUUCCCGGCAGAGAGCUCGGAAGGGGAAAAUUUGCUGUGGUCAGAAAGUGUGUGGAGAAGUGCACGGGUCAUGAGUACGCUGCUAAGAUAAUGAGGAAGAGACGGAAAGGGCAGGACUGCCGGAUGGAGAUCAUCCAUGAGAUUGCAGUACUUGAACUGGCCAGCGCCUGUCCCCAUGUGGUCAACCUCCACCAGGUCUAUGAGAUGGCUUCAGAGAUGGUGCUAGUUCUGGAGUUUGCGGCUGGAGGAGAAAUUUUCAACCAGUGUGUGUCAGACCAAGAGGAUGAGGCCUUCAGUGAGGAAGACGUGAAGAGGCUCAUGAGACAGAUCCUGGAGGGAGUGGCCUUCCUCCACCAGAACAAUGUAGUUCAUCUUGACCUAAAGACUGCUGAGCAGAAAGCCAUUUCCAAACGCUUCAAGUUCGAGGAGCCCUUCAGUGCCCUGCAGGAGGUCCCUGGAGAGUUCAUCUACUGACCCAUCACACGCACCAGCAAUCUCACUGAGGACAACUUAGUGCUGUCACAUUACCACACAAACCCUCUUAAAUAUAUACUGUAAGUAUAUAAUCAGAUACUGUUGCAGUCAGUCUCUUAUUUCAACUGUUGGAACUUUUUAAGAACCUGCAAAGCCAACUUCGCUUUACCCUCCUCCUCCUCAACACCUCCUAAAGUAACUACUGUAGCUUGAUGUUGCAUUUUAUUUGGUUUGCUGUUGUAAUGACUGACAGUGUAGCGGCAGCAUGACACACUGUUUGCUCCCAUUUGAUACCAAAAGAGAGGCCUCAGCGUGUUUGAGCAGAACUCAGAUUCUGGGAAUGGGAGCUGUAGAAGCUGUCAAAGACCAGCACAGAUACGUACAUGCAGACCUGUACACAAACAUUUCCAGCAUUGAUUGAAACUGAAAGUUCAUUUUUGGCUUAAGAUGACAGAACACUGAUUGCCAGGCCUGUUUUGUAGGUCUGGAUCACAAACAGGGGCACAAACACGAGAGACUGUCAUAUGAGAAAAAGCUACAGAACAGCUUUUUUAUUGUUAUUUAGUUAAGUGCAAUUUAAAGAACUACUUGCAUAAUAAAGGAAAAAUAUAAAA